GCUGGCGCCUCCAGGUCACAAUGCAGCUCAGCGGCGUGCUUGUCGUGGAACCGAAUUUGCAUUUCUGAAGUUUCUGUCUCAGAUCCCCAAUCCAUGUCUGAACAAGUCAUCAAGUUUCUUUGCUGUUACCCCUCUUCUUUUCAUUCUCUGACUGCGCCUGUUUUUUUUUUUUUGGCGACCAUCAAAUCUGCACCUUUUCGGGCGCCACCCAUUCUCAGCUUAUCAACUGGGGGCUGGUUUCUCCGCGUGGCGCACAAAGCAGCGGUGCCGCAAUCAGGGAACAAUAACGAUAACUGCUGGUUGUCAAACACACCGUUUGCGAAACGGCAAUCAAAGAGCCGUCACACUUCCUCCCCCUCCUAAUAGAUAGAUAGUUCACUGGCGCUUCGUCAUGUCUGGUGGAGGCGGCUUCGGCGGUGGACAGUCUCCCGGUGAUGUCGUCAAGUCAACGCGAGACGUCACGGAGUCGGUGAAGGCGCAGUUCCAAGCAGCUCGCAAGAAUCCAGAAAAGGAGCUCGGUAUCCCGCUAGAGGAGCUGAACCGUCGGCAGCAGGAGGCCCGCAAGCCGCACACCUUCGUCAACAAGGAGACAGCGCGCAAGUUUGAGGUGAAGAGUUCCGCACGCGCCCAGCAAAUCAUGAACAAAGGCAUCGACAAGUAUCAACGCGAGAAGCGUCAGAAGGACCUCAAAUUGAACAUGUCUGUGCUGCGUAAAGCGCAGGUGGUGCUGUGCGCUGUUGCGGUUGGCUUCUUCGGCUGGUUCGCCGUCACCUAUCUGUUGCCGCAGUACGCUGCGGUGCAGCAUCGGAACCGACGGAUGCAGAUGCGUUACGAGAGGGCGCAGCACAGUCUUGAAGGCGCCGCGGACACGGGGAUGGGCGGGAGGCCGGCGGACGUAGCAGCCAUCGGACCACUUGUGCGUGUUUUCCGACUCGAGGAUGAUGGUGACACGGAGGUGAAGCGGCCCAUUCAAUAG